AUGCCAGCCAGAAAGAGCAAUGCGUCAGCAGUAUCAAACGAAGAUACUCCGCCCGCGAAGUCCGCGUCAAAGGACAGAGACGAUUCUUUAGGCGUCGAAGACCUCAACCUCCCCAAGUCGAUAGUUCAGCGCCUCGGCAAAGGGGUCCUGCCGCCAAACACACAAAUUCAAAAAGAUGCGCUGCUUGCCAUGUCCAAGAGCGCAACUGUCUUCGUCAACUACCUCACCUCAUGUGCAGCCGAACACGCCCAGCGCAGCGGCAAGCGAACCAUCAUGCCACAGGACGUCUAUGCCGCCAUGACGGAACUAGAAUUCGAAUUCAUGCUCCCCCGCCUCGAAGCCGAAGUAACGAAAUUCACGAGCAUACAAGCUGAUAAGCGGAAUACGUAUCGGAAAAAGGUGCGCGAGGAGAAGAAGACUGUUCCUUCCACUCCAUCAAAAACUGCCAACGAAGAUGGAACAGGGGAGGCUGGUGUAGACGAUACGGAGAGAGCGGCGAAACGCGCUAGGAGGAGCAGUGUUGGUGACGGAGGUGUUAGUGGAGAGGGGAGCGACGGGGAAGAGGUCGAUGAGAUGGUCGAUGUAGAGGAUGAGGAGGUCGAAGAUGAUGAGAUUGAAGAGGAGGUUGUGGAGGAAGGGCUCACGGAAGACCCUCUUGAAGAACGGGUGGAUAAAGACGAGGAUGAUGAGGAUGAGGAGAUGGGGGAUGGUGAUGAGAGUGACUAG